GGAGGAGGAGGAGCGGCUCCUCUUCAUCCCAGUUUAAUGUGAUGCUCUGCCAGUAAGCAGCAUCCAGAUGGAUGCAGUUGGAGGCGGAGCUGAAAGCAGAGCGGCGUAUCGAUUAUCGAUCAGAGCUGCAGGGCAGCAGAUGUUACAUAAGCAGCUGUUGGAGGGAAACAGCAGCAGCAGGAGGAGCAGGAGGAGGAGAGCAGCGCUGCAGAGCAGCAGGAGUUCUCCUCAGAGAUGGCGGGGACGCUUCCGAGCUUUCCCAGCCUGCCUCGGGGGGUGACGGUCCCGGCUCUGCUGGGCUCUCUGCCCCGAGCCGUCAACCCUCCCAGUCUGCCCCGAGGCCUCACCAUGCCCAGUCUGCCCACUCUGCCCAGCUUCCCCAGCAUUCCCAGAGGGAUCACCAUCCCCAGCCUGCCCAGGGGCGUGACGCUGCCCAGGAUGGUCUCCAUGCCAACCGUACCGGAGGCCCCCCGCCGGCUGCUGCAGGACUGCUGCUCCGUGUUCGAUCACCAGACGUCUGGAGGUGUGUGUGGCUGCUGCUGGGCGCUGCGUCCUCGCUACAAACGGCUGGUCGACAACAUUUUCCCGGAGGACCCCGAGGACGGUCUAGUCAAAGCCAACAUGGAGAAGCUGACCUUCUUCGCUCUGUCGGCUCCAGAGAAGCUGGACAGGAUCGCCGCCUACCUGUCUGAGCGUCUAACCAGAGAGCUGAACCGCCACCGUUAUGGGUACGUCUGCAUCGCUCUGGAGGCCAUGGAGCAGCUGCUGCUGGCCUGCCACUGCCAGAGCAUCAACCUGCUGGUGGAGAGUUUCCUCAGCACCCUGCGGCUGCUGCUGGAGGCCGACAGGCCGCACCUGCACAUCCUGGCCACCAACUCUUUUGUGAAGUUUGCGAACAUCGAGGAGGACACGCCUUCAUACCAUCGCAGCUACGACUUCUUCGUGUCGCGGUUCAGUGAAAUGUGUCACUCUGACCACGAAGACCCCGACAUGAAGAUCAAGCUUCAUUCUUCAUUUCUCUGCUGCUGUUGUGUUUUCAGGCACCUGGACAGACACAGCCUGUGGGAGGGACGAGGAUUCGCUGUCCGCUGCUUUCAGAUCAUCAUGUUCUCCAUUCAGUCCCAGCACUCCCAUCUGGUCAUCCAGCAGCUGCUGGGUCACCUGGAUGCCAACAGCAGGAGUCCAGCUUCAGUGAGAGCCGGGAUCGUGGAGGUUCUGUCUGAGGCUGCGGCCAUAGAGGUCACGGGAUCAGUAGGUCCCACCGUGUUGGAGGUGUUCAACACUUUACUGCGACAACUCAGGCAGAGCGUCGACUACCAGCUGACGGGUUACUAUGACAACGCCGGCAAACACAAAACCACGUCGGUUCACGAGAAAACCCUGCAGGACGCCGUCAUCAGAACCAUCGGGUCCUUCGCCAACACACUUCCUGUCUACCAGAGGUCAGAGGUCAUGCUGUUCAUCAUGGGUAGAAUUCCUGUUCCUGGCAUCUAUCCCGCCCUGGGCUCGCCGAACGCGGGGUUUGAAGGCAGCAGGAUGAUCCAGGUGAUGCUGCUGAAGUCUCUGCUGCAGGUUUCAGAACGUUACGAGAGCAGCAACCUGCUGACAGCGCUGCCCUCCUCCUUCCUGGAGCCUCUGCUGUCCUUCACCCUGAUGGAGGAUCCAGAGAUCCGCCUCCUGGUUCUGUCCAUCCUCACCUCGCUCAUCGAUCGUCACCAGAACGCUGCCAGGAUCCCCACAGUCAGUGUAACGUUUGAUGCAUCAGUGUUGAAGCAGAAGGAGGACAGAUGCUCCAGACAGGACAACCUGUUCAUUAGGAAGCACGCUCAGCGUCUCUACAGACACAUCUAUCUGGCCUGUAAGGAGGAGAACAAUGGAUCCAACCACUACAAGGCGCUCUUCAGCCUAAUGGCUGUUCUCAGCGUGGAGCUGCUCAACGAGGAGGUGCUGGUGGACCUGAUCCGACUGACGCUGGCCUUGCAGGAACUUGGAACGUCCAAUCAGGAGAGUCUCUCUUUCUACAACCGCUGCAGUCUUCAUGCCGUCUGCGCCGCCUUCUUCCAUCUUCUGUCGCAGCUGGGCCCACCUCCUCCUCUUCAUCAGCACGUCGCUCAGGUCAUAGAAAGCCGUUGGAAGGAGGCGCCACACCUGCUGCCUGAAAACCUCUGGUGUGACCAACCCAGGCUUCCAAAGGGUGAUCUGAAGGUGGACAAAGCUUCUCUGUUCGUCCAGUCAAAGAUCUGCGAGGCGCUGACAGGAAGCAGCUAUAGUGCGCAGUGUGAACGCAUCAACACACCUUAUACGCCUCAACUGAUGGAUGAAGACCGUCUGUCCAGGAAGAUCAGCAUUGCAGACACCAUCUCUCUCCAGAUAGCCAUCGACCAUGAGUCCAGUUCUGAAGCUCAGAAACCUCAGACGGAGCAGAUCACCUUUGAGACUCUGAAGAACACCAUCGAUGAUCGAGGACUGGUGGAGGAGGAGGAUAGGAGGAGGAGGAUGCAGGUGGUGGAGAGGUUUCAGACGGCUCCUUUUGAAGAAAUCGCAGCUCUAUGUGGAUCCAGGACCUCACUGCUUCAGUCCAAACUAGAUCAGGUUUUUGACCUGAUUGUUCGUCCUCCUCCGUCUCCGUCCGGGCAAACGUCCCGUCGAUCAACGCCCAUCUAUGAGAUGAAGUUUCCUGACCUCUGUGUUUAUUAGGACGACCUGGAGAGCGACGGAGGGAGAGAGACGACUCCAGUGAUGCUUUAUGUUUAGGUUUAGUUGUUCAGUUUUUCAUUUUAUGUUGGAUGCAAAGGAAAACAUCAGCGUUCCAUUUAUUUAUAAUCUGAGUUGUUCUGAUUUUGUUCUUAGUAAAAUGACACCAAUUUAAUCUCUAACUGCCGAACUUUUAGAUUUCAAUGAUAAAAAAUUGGAGAUCCUAUUUUACAUCAAACACUGCAGAAUAUAAGACUGUUUCAUUUUCACUCUUUUCUUCAACUAGAUUUUCUUUUAUAUUCCCUUAAAGGAAAAGUCUGAAUUUAAA